AUGGAAUGGACCACAAUGCAGCCAUGUUUCCUCCAGCAACUGAGUAUGACAUUCCAACUCCUGGCCAUCAAGAACUCAGUGAUAUGUGAUGCCAGCAGUCAAUAUCUGUUGGAUGAUGCACCACCACCACUGUCUGCAGAGAGGUCUUCUGAUGACUGGUCCCCCUUCAGAAACCAGCUUGAAUUCAAGCUUGCAGAUUUUCUCUUUAGGCAGGCCAAAAUGCCUGCCAAAAAAAUCAACACAUUGCUUGAAAUCUGGGCUGUGUCAUUACUUCCCUUAUGUGGGGAACUGCUAUUCACUAACCAGAAAGACCUUUAUUGUGUCAUCUACAGCACAUCCAUCAGCAAGGUCAAGUGGGAGAGUUUUGUGGAGUAUGAUUCUACAAACAAUCAAAGGUGCUGGGAGGAUUUCAUGUCAGGAGCCUGGGUGUGGAACAAGGUGGACAGAAUCAUUAGUGAAGAUCCAAUGAUGGCUGGGGCGACACUAAUUCCCAUUAUUCUUGGUAGUGACAAGACAAUGGUAUCAGUAGCAACUGGCCAGACUGACUAUUACCCCUUGUAUCUCUCCAUCAGAAAUGUUUGCAACACUGUUUGUCAUGCUCACUGCAAUGUGGUAGUCCUCAUUGGGUUCCUGGCAAUGCCAAAGAAAAUAAUAUUAUGUGGCAACAAAUACUAUUGGUGUGUCAUAUAUGCACUAGCAGCUUAUAUAGCUGACUAUGAGGAACAAUGCCUGAAGUGCCUCACACACCAGGAGAGUCUGGAUGAUGACAUGCUCCAUUAUCAUCAUGAGCAUGCCAAUGCUGUGAUCAAAGAAUUUGACUUUUGUAAACUGUGGGACACAUAUGGGAUUGUUGGCAACAUAGUGCCAUUUACAAAUGAUUUUCCACACACAGACAUCUAUGGCAUGCUUUCACCAGAUACCCUCCACCAGCUUAUCAAAGGUGGGUUCAAGGACCACCUGGUGGAUUGGGUCAAGUGUUACCUAAUCCAUGUUCAUGGAAAGACACAGGUGGAAAAAGUCUUGGACAAAAUUGACUGGCAGUAUUGGACUGGCAACAAUUCCAAGGGCCUUAUGAAGGUUUACAUCACAGCAAUUGAAGCCUUUCUGGAAUUUUGUUACCUUGUUCAUUGGAAUGUUAUCACUCAACAGAUGCUUGUUGAAAUUGAUGAUGCACUCAGGCACUUCCACCUUUAUUGUGAAGUCUUCUGGAAUGCUGGGUUCAGUGCACCAAAUGGCCUCUGCUCUUCAGUUACAGAGUCCAAACAUAUUAAGGCCAUCAAAUGGCCUUAUCAGCACACUAACCACUUUCAAGCUCUCAGACAGAUGCUUUUGAUCAACCAGAGGCUUGACAAGCUCAUCACCACACAUGCUGGCUUUAAAGAACAUGCCAUGACAUGGCCAAUGAAAUUGAAAGAACAAACAGGGAGUUAUGAGGAGGAACCAGGUGAUACUGUUGACACUCCCAGGUCAGUCAAGGCCCAUGUAUCAUUGGCUCAUACUCAUCAUAUGACAGUAGGUGCCCUAGCAGCUGAACUCUGCCUGCCACAGCUUCUCAACAUUCUGCACCAUUUCCUCUACUUGCAACUCUUUCCCACUGAUGAUCUGGAUGACAUCCCCCUUGACAAGUGCCCACUCUAUGAUGGUAGCAUGCAUGUCUACAACUCUGCAUGUUCCACUUUUUUUGCACAAAGCAAUCUAUGUGGCCUCUAUGGCAUGUGCUGUGAGAAUGAAGGACCCUGUUUUGACUGUGUCUUCAUUGUAACCAAUCCAGAGGCAGAGGGUAUGCAUGGACUGGACAUUGCCUGCAUUCUGUGCUUUUUUUCAUUCAAGUAUCAAGGCACUUUGUAUCCAUGCACUGUCAUACAUUGUUACAAUCCACACAACAUCCCACAUAUCACCAUCAUUCACAUUGAUGUGAUAUAUCAUGUGGCCCAUCUCAUCCCUGUUGAUGGCACCCAUGACAUCAACACCAGGGACAUCAAGCCUCAUGACUCCUAUGAUAUGUUCAAUUCCUUCUAUGUGAACAAAUUUGCUGACCAUUGUGCAUUUGAAAUUGUAUUCUAG